UGUGCUAUAAAUCGGAUUGUGUUUAAUUAGGAGCUAACUCAUCCUCUCAUCAUCAACAGGAUUGUUUCCUGACAACGUUUUGUUCUCUCUAGAGUUCAGAGAAAGAAUCCGGCUUUGGAAACUUUAAGCAAGUCUAAUGAAGCGAGCGGCUGCAAAACAUCUAAUCGAGCGGUACUACCACCAGUUAACUGAGGGCUGUGGAAAUGAGGCCUGCACGAAUGAGGCUUGUGGCUCCUCCCCAGGUUUCCGGCGCAUGGAUAACAAUGCAGCGGCCAUCAAGGCCCUGGAGCUGUAUAAGAAUAACGCCAAACUGUGUGAUCUCCAUCCCUCCAAGAAAGGCGCCAGUUCUGCUUUCCCGGAGAACAGUGCUAAAGGAGCUCACAACUUUACAGCUUGCAGCAACGGGAAGAUGAACCACAAGGACCUUCCUCCCGCCAGGGAAGACUUUAGAGAUUUGAAUUACUUGACGGAGGAGAAGGUGUAUGAAAUUCUGGCCAUCUGCAGUGAGACGGAGGACUACUCUCCACUGAUCCGUGUCAUCGGGAGGGUGUUCUCAAACGCAGAGAGCUUGGUUCAGAGCUUCCGAAAGGCCAAGCAGCACACCAAGGAGGAGCUAAAGUCGCUGCAGGCCAAAGACGAGGACAAGGAUGAAGACGAGAAAGAGGCCGCGUCAGCGUGUGCUGCUGCUGCCGCUAUGGAAGUGGACCCGGAUGCAGCCUCUUCGAGCGAAGGAGUGUCCGGCGAUCACGUCAGGAAAAGAGUGGAGGUGUCGGUGGACAUCGAGGCGGUGCGGAGAGUUUACGACAGGUUGCUGACCAAUGAGAAGGUGGAGGCGGCCUUCCUGAACGCGCUGGUGUACUUAUCACCCAAUGUGGAGUGUGACCUUACCUACCACAAUGCCUAUGCCGCCAAUCCCGACUACCUCAACGUGUUUAUCAUCGUGAUGGAGAACAGCAACCUGCACAGCCCAGAGUACCUGGAGAUGGCACUACCGCAGUUUUGCAAGGCCAUGAGCAAGCUGCCCCUUCCUGCUCUCGCCAAACUGGCACAGCUGUGGGCACAACACGGUGCAGAGCACAUCCGGCGAAUAGUCGAGACCUUCCAGCAGCUCAUCACGUACACCGUGAUCAGCAACGAGUUCAACAGCGAUAACCUUGUGAAUGAGGAUGAUGGUGUAGUAGCAGCUACCAAGUGUCUCAAGGUGGUCUACUACGCCAACGUCCUCGGGGGCGACCUGGACGUCGGGCACAGUGAAGACGAAGACGAUGAGCCCAUUGCAGAAUCGAGUGAACUCACGCUUCAGGAGCUGUUGGGUGAGGAGCGUCGUGCCAAGAAAGGUCCCCGUGUGGAUCCGCUUGAAACGGAGCUCGGCAUACGCGUCUCCGACUGCCGCAGCCCCCUCGUCACUUUUGACGAAUUCAUCAACGAGUCUCUCAAUGACGUGCUGGAAAUGGACAAAGACUACACCUUUUUCAAGGUAGAAACUGAGAGCAAGUUCUCCUUCAUGACCUGCCCAUUUAUCUUGAAUGCCGUCACCAAGAACCUGGGCCUCUACUAUGACAACCGCAUCCGCAUGUACAGCGAGCGCAGGAUCACGGCGCUCUACAGCCUGGUGCAGGGACAACAGCUCAACCCGUACCUGCGUCUCAAAGUGCGUAGAGACCACGUCAUCGAUGACGCACUCGUCAGGCUGGAGAUGAUCGCCAUGGAGAAUCCGGCCGAUCUAAAGAAACAGCUGUACGUGGAGUUUGAAGGAGAACAAGGUGUCGAUGAAGGCGGAGUUUCCAAAGAGUUUUUUCAGCUGGUAGUAGAGGAGAUCUUCAAUCCAGAUAUAGGCAUGUUCACCUACGAUGAAAGCACAAAGCUCUUCUGGUUUAACCCUUCGUCGUUUGAGAACGAAGGCCAGUUCACGUUAAUCGGGAUCGUCCUGGGUCUGGCCAUCUAUAACAACUGCAUUCUGGACGUGCACUUUCCCAUGGUGGUGUACAGGAAGCUCAUGGGGAAGAAAGGAACUUUCAGAGACCUUGGAGAUUCUCAUCCGGUUCUUUAUCAGAGUCUGAAGGAACUGCUAGAGUAUGAAGGCAACGUGGAGGAGGACAUGAUGAUCACCUUCCAGAUCUCGCAGACGGACCUGUUCGGGAACUCUCUCAUGUACGAUUUGAAGGAAGGCGGAGAGAAAAUCCCGGUCACUAACGAUAACAGGAAGGAAUUUGUAGAACUUUAUGCUGAAUACAUGCUGAACAAAAGUGUGGAGAAACAGUUCAAGGCCUUCAGAAGAGGCUUCCACAUGGUCACUAACGAGUCCCCGCUGAAGUAUCUGUUCCGGCCGGAGGAAAUCGAGCUGCUGAUAUGUGGCAGCAGAAAUCUGGACUUUCAAGCCCUUGAAGAAACCACGGAAUACGACGGCGGGUACAACCGAGACUGCCGCAUUAUUAAGGACUUCUGGGAGACGGUGCACGCUUUUGGACAGGAGCAGAAGAGGCUGUUUCUGCAGUUUACCACGGGCACAGACAGAGCGCCGGUGGGAGGCCUGGGCAAACUGAAGAUGAUCAUCGCCAAAAACGGGCCAGACUCGGACAGGUUACCGACGUCUCACACCUGCUUUAACGUGCUGCUCCUGCCUGAAUACUCCACCAAGGAGAAACUUAAAGAGAGACUCCUCAAAGCCAUCACUUACGCCAAAGGCUUCGGCAUGCUCUGAGGCGCGAGGAGCAUCAGCGGCAAAAGAAAAAAACGACAGAACUCUUUUCGCUCGUUCGUCGAAGGCGAACCGGACGACGACGACGACAUACGAUAUCAAGUUUUCAGUGUAAGGAUGUGAAAUGGGCUAAAACGGAUAAGUUGUGGUGACCGAGUGCCUGUGCCUAACUAAAGUAGAUAAAACCACACUGGACUCUAGACUAUAUUUCUCCCUCUCUCUGUGUUCCUCUCAUCAAAGUGUUAAGUUUCCCUUUUGUUUUUUUUUUUGGUUUUGUUUUUUUUUGUAUGCACUGAGAAAUAGCACUAUUUAUUUUAAGGGAUUAAAAAAAAAAGCAAGCCUGUCGUUUUUGUUUAUCCGGUGCACUCGUUCAAGGUUAAAGAACUUCAAGACCGUCGUUGCAUACGUUAAACCCUGUAGAGAUGUGAAACGGAACGGAGAAGACUGAUGAUCGGUGGUUAUCGUAACAAUGGUUGAACUGUGAAAGUGCACUUAAUUAAUAUUCAGAAUGUCCGUGUUCUGUCUGUCUGUCCGUGUCUUUGUGUCUCAUCUCAGCCACUCGUCACGGUUCGUAGGUCUUCCCAGGUCAGUCCCGUGCAUCACUGAUGCUUAUAUAUAUAUAUAUAUAUUAUAUAUAUAUAUAUAUAUUAUAUAUAAGCAUCAAAGAGGUACAGAGUGAGCUCAUGUUUCCAGAAACUUCUCAGCAGGUGUUUAUUGAGGAGAAGUGUGUGUGUGUGUGUGUGCGCAAGGUUUGUGCUGCUUGCUUAUUAUCACCAGUGUUCUGUAUUUAGCUGCAGAGUCUGAGCUCUUGCUUCAGUGCGAUGUAAGAAAGAAUGCAAAAUGUUUUUAGUUUUAAUUUCACGAUCACUUUUUUUUUUUUUUUUCUUUUCAGAAUUUUAAUCUAAUAAGAUCAUGAAAAUCCCAUCAUCUCCCAUGUCAUUUUUUUUUUAUUUAUUUUUUUUAGUAGCUUCGUUCUAUUCGUACGA